AUGGACUGUCAGACAAAGCCAGUUGGCGCGGCCCACCACAAGUCGGCAGAACAGCAGAACAACAGCGCUGGUGCCCCUGCAGGAGCAGAGAAGAGUAAACAGGGCAGAAGUCCUGAGACAACCACUGCUGGUUCUUGUCACUUGCCCGAGGAUGCGCCCAAAGACCACGCCACUCCCACACCACCAUCUGCUGAUGACACUGUUACCGUGCGUGUCCCUUCCCCAGGCCACCACCAUCUGCUGAUGACACCGUUAUCAGCUCAGUGGUCGUGUCUGAGUCUUCAUCCUACAUCAGGCCUCACAUCGCUUGCUAACAUGAGGGAUCUGGAGAGUCAGUACCAAGAGUUAGCAGUGGCCCUGGACUCCAGCUAUCUGACAAACAAUUCACCGGGGCUGGAAGAGCGCCAGAAGAAGCUGGAGGUGUCUGAACUCCCGCUGCAGCAGUUCUUCAGCUGGUCUGAAGCCCCUGAUAGGAACCGUCAGUUAUGGCAGGCCAUGGAGGAGCAGGCACAGCUGAGGAAACAUGUUUUGCGGGUUCUGGAGUCACUGAAGCAACUGCAGGUGGAGAGACCACCAUGCAGAGAGCCUGAAAGUUCAGAGUACAUGUGGCAGCAGUGGAUGCAGCAAAUGUCAGAGCAGAUGCACAGACUGAGGGAGGAGAAGGAAGAGAGGUGGUCUGGGGAAGAGCAGUGGUUGCAGGCAGAAGCUGAGCAGCUGCAGAAGGAACUGGAGGGCCUGGCUGGACAGUUCCAUGUCCAGAUGCAGGAUAAAAAUAGCCUGAGUUGCCUGAAUCUGGUGUUGGAGGAGAGGCUGCUGGAACUGGAGCAGGUGGUAGAGUGUGGGGGCGAGCAGCCAUGGAGCCCAAGCUCCAAGAUCAUGGGAGCUUCAGAAAGUCUGCAUCCCCAUCAGCCAUGGGCUCUCACAGAAUGUGAGCUCACAGGGCCACUGGCCGGGCUACAGAACAGCAUCCACAAGCUGACUAAUGAGAAUAUGGAGAUGACCAGUGCAGCAGGUCAAGAAGGAGCUGGUCAGGAAGCUGGGUCAGCUGCAGGAGAAGCUGGGAGAGCUGAAGGAGAUGGGGGAGCUGAAGAGUCAAGAGGCUUAGGGUCAGCAGCAGGAGCGAGAGCAACCCCAGUGGCCUGUCAGCAGCCGACCUUGGAGAAGGAGACACUGCACAAGUGUGAGCUGCAGGAGACCCACCUAGAGGCCACCAUUCAGAAGAACCAACAGCUACAGGCCCAUCUGAGCCUCCUGGCUGUCCGUGGGGAAGGAUGGAAUGGACAAGAAAAGGAUGAGGAGGCUCGUAGGCCCUGUCUGACUGUCCCAGAGGACCUAGACAGCCAAGAGGCCAUGGUGGCAUUCUUUGAUGUGACUCUGGUCAGUGCUGAGGAAGAGAAGGCACAGCUGAGCAGGGAACUGCUGUCACGCUGCCAGCACCUGGCUCACCUGACAGUCCCAUCCCUGAGUGAACCCACAGAGCAGACUCUGGUCCCCAGGAGUGGAGAGAGCUGUGUGUCUGGGGAGAACCCCCAGGCUCCACGUGUGGCCAUGGAGGAGCUGCCGAGCCACGUCCUGGAGGUCAUGCAGAAGGUGGAGCUCCACGAGCAGGUGGAGGAACUGGACCCUGUCUGUACCCAGCUCUCUGGGGAGAUAAACACCACUGCAGAGUAUAUUGCCCUCUACAAAAUCAGAGGGCAGAGCUGA